AUGCUGCAGCCGAAUGAAACCGAGAAGACGAUUACCACUCUUGCGCCAAAUUCCAACUAUACAGCAGUGAUCCGGACCAAGAAUCGUCGCUACGGUAGUGAACCAAGUCCAGCCGUUCAUGUUACAACCCCUGAAGGACUACCGUCAAGAGUGCACAAUUUACGUGUAAUGGCCGUUGGAGCCCAUGCUAUUCUUGCGACUUGGGAACCUCCCAGACAUCCGAAUGGUCUGAUAAGGGGCUACUUCUUAUCGUUCGAGAACGAGAAAAGUAUGUACUACACUUGUUGUUGA